GCGGCCCCGUGGCGGGGCAGGGGCGGAGCCGCGUCAUGGCGGCCGGGAGGCUCCCGCCGGGCGCGCUCACCCUCAAGCAGUUCCUGAGGCGGCAGCAGGUCCUUCAGUUGUACCGCAAGAUCCUGCGGGCUAUCCGGGAGGUCCCUGCUGAGCAGGAUCGCCGCUACUUAAAGGACUGGGCCAGGGAGGAAUUCAAGAGAAAUAAGGAUGCUACAGAAGAGGAUGCAAUCAGGAUGAUGAUUACUCAAGGCAACAUGCAACUCCAGGAACUUCAGAGAACACUUAAGCUGGCAAAAUCCUGAUCUUCGCUUUGUUGACAGUUUAAUUUUUAUCUGUUGCAAAUAGGCACAGUGUUUUUUCCAGAAUGUGGUUACAAUGGCAGGCUUUGCUGGCAAGCUGGUAAUGUUUGAAGGAGGAAUCUUCCACAGUGGGAGUUCUGUUUCUUCCCCUUCCCCAUCCAUUUCUCAGUUUUGCUACCCUCAGAAGUGGAAAUCACUUGGACACAAAGGACAUUAAAGAACUGCAUGGAUGAUGUAGCAUGUGCUGCAGGAAAAGCAGAAAGCACCAAAAAUUACAACAGCUGUGUUAAUGCCAGUGCAGUGGAAAAUAAAUAUAUGCCAGAUUAUUUUGUCUGCUUUUUACUGUGGUAGCUGUAAUUGGUAAUAUUCACAAUUCAUGUACUGUGCCAAGGAUUUUCACCAAAAUUUCUGAUUAAAAAAAAGAAUUUGGGAUAAAUAAACUGGCCCAGAACAAACA